AUCAGGAGCUAGAGUUUGAAUGGGUUUAUAUAAACACUCACCCCUGGCGGCGUGCGGCUGGGCUCCCGGCAUAAACUCAAGGCACCCGGCCUGAUGCGUGCCUUGCCGUGUUCUUUCCCUUGAACGUCAAGGUUUGAGCAGAGCCCGAGGACUGGGAACUCUUCCCUGGAAUUGGAUCAACCUGAAGCCAGUUGCGGAACUGCACAGGGUCCCCAUGGACCUCAAGGAGAGCCCCAGCGAGGGCAGCCUGCAGCCCUCCAGCAUCCACAUCUUCGCCAACACCUCCACCCUCCACGGCAUCCGCCACAUCUUCGUGUAUGGGCCGAUGACCAUCCGGCGUGUGCUCUGGGCCGUGGCCUUCGUGGGCUCCCUGGGCCUGCUGCUGGUGGAGAGCUCGGAGAGGGUGUCUUACUACCUCUCCUACCAGCACGUCACCAAGGUGGAUGAGGUGGUGGCCCAGAGCCUGGUCUUCCCAGCGGUGACCCUCUGCAACCUCAAUGGCUUCCGUUUCUCCAGGCUAACCACCAACGACCUGUACCAUGCUGGGGAGCUCCUGGCCCUGCUCGACGUCAACCUGCAGAUCCCAGACCCGCACUUGGCUGACCCUGCGGUGCUGGAGGCCCUGCGGCAGAAGGCCAACUUCAAACACUACAAACCCAAGCAGUUCAGCAUGCUGGAGUUUCUGCACCGCGUGGGCCAUGACCUGAAGGAUAUGAUGCUCUACUGUAAGUUCAAGGGGCAGGAGUGCGGCCACCAGGACUUCACCACGACGGAGGGCUAG